AUGAGUCCUCCUCAGAGGUACUCGUUCGUCAACGCGCGCCCCCAAACGAAGGCCGAGAAGCGUCAGACUCGCACUGCAAUCCGGUCGCACAUCGGACGAUGGACACAGGAGAACCAGCAGAAGACCGAGGGCAGUAGAAGUGCAGCGAGUACGAGAGCCUCGCCCGAAUUAUCACGGACAGACUCCCUCUCCCCGGGCGAGUCGGUGCAGUCACAAUCACAGCAUCAUCCUCGGCUAAAAGUGGCAAGGCCGGGCGAUACCGACAGUUCAAGCAGCGCAAGUAAUUUCGAUCAAGAAAGCACGAGCGACGACGUCGACGAUGACACCGGACUUACCGUCACUGCUCCACCCCGGCUCCGUCCAAGGCUCUCUCCCGCUUCGAGGUCCACUUCGCAUUCUUUUAUUCAGGUGUUGGGAUCAGGGGUGCUGGAUCCAUUUCAGACCUAUCCCUCAGCAUUUCCUUCAUCGUUGAUAUCGCAAUGCCACGAAUAUUCAUUGCAGGUAGUUUGGCCAGGCUUGACACCCCGGUCUGUGAGCGGCUCAGAAUCUGCCGCUAUCAAGGGCUGGUUUCCGAUGGCACUCAACGAUACGGUUGCGCUGCACUCGCUCUUGUUUGGUGCCCUCAGUCACCAAAGACUUAACCUGUUAAAAGGAUCAACGCAACCUGAUGACCCAGCGGUAAUCCGCCUGGAACAGGAUAUGCGGCGAUGCGAGGCUGAAUCCAUCACUUUAAUCAACAAAGCCCUCCGCGAUCCAAACAACGUUAUCACAGAUGCAAUACUCGUCUCUGUCCUUGCAAUGGCGACAAAUGCGUGGGACUUGACCCUUCAACGCUUCCAGACUCAACCUGCCACUCAGCCGGUCUUUGAUCCUUUGUUGAAAAGCCUUCAAUGGCUGGACGUUUAUGGUCUGCUCAGCGCUCACCCCAUCCACGCGGCUGGCCUCGUUCAAUUAGUCGCACUGAGGGGUGGCUUGAAGAACAUCGAGACAACCGGCCUGGCUGCUAUCAUAUCCUACUCCGGCGUUAUUCAGGCGAGUAGGACAUUGACUCAACCAGUCUUUCCUUUUAUACCGCUGGCUGACGACGGCGAUCGAACUGCAACGCUCUGGGGAAUGCUGGGCACAUGCCCAAGUGAACUUAGGGACGAGUUUACUUAUAGUAGUCUGUUUAACCUGGGUCUCACCGUGGAGCUUGCAGUCGUGUGGGUUGCGAUACAGCGAUACGAACAUGGCGUGGAAAUAUUCGUCGAUGGUGCGCUUCCAGACCUGGAUCUCUCUCGUUUGUGCGACCGGCGCAACUUGAUUCAACACACUCUUUUAUCGCUUCCCUCGCACACAGAUUUAGCACCAGCUGCUCGACCACGGCCCAUCUACGAACCGAUGCGACUUGCCAUGCUGAUAUACUCCCUUACUGUGAUCUUCCCUCUCCCACCGCAGACUGCCCCAAUAGCUCUCUUAACUCGGCAACUAAAAGCUGCGCUUCGAGAGUCCGACAUGCGCUCUAGCUGGUCAUCAUCACAUCAGGCCCAGCGCCUUCUGAUGUGGAUUCUUGUCAUAGGCGGUGUCGCCGUCCGAGACGUAGCAGAAGAGCGGCUUUGGUUCGUUGCUGCCCUUGGGAGAAUGUCGGCGCGGACCGGGAUUAAGAAGUUUGACGAUCUGAAGAAAAAUGUUUUAAAGCGCAUCCUCUGGCUGGACCGGGCGUGCGACGCGGCAGGGAGAUCGCUGUGGGCGGAGAUGCUGGAACUUGGUGGUUGA